AUGAUGAAUCUCUCCUACGAGCCCUGCAAGAAAAAGGCACGUAGAGAAGUUCAAAGUAAAUAUAUUAAAAGAAAAAAUAAGGAAGAAGAUUCAGUUGAAGAAAAAACUUAUGCAAAACCUCCUAAGAAACACACUCCUAAAUUUCGAUUAAAAUCAGCUGGCCAUAUAGCGUCACUUGCUACACCAUUAAAUGAAAGAAUUCCUAUAGUUUUAACAGACAUUCAGCACUUGCUUCUACAUUCCUUGUUGGGAAAUUUAAACAUAACUCAAUCACCAAGGUGGUAUACUAUAGAUAAAUGCAAUCAUGUUUGCCAAACAACAUGUCUUAUAAUUGAGGGUAUUUCAAUAAAUCAAUUAGAAGAACAUAAAGAAAAAUUAAUUAAUAUAAACACAAUCUUUGAGAAUUUUGUUGAAAUCUUAACACCAUCAGUAUACAGUGGUUCCCUUGUUAAAGAAUUAGCUUUAGUGCCCCUUUCAGAAACAGAGAAAGAGUGCAUUAUACAGAAAUAUGGAAGCUUGAAUUUAGCUUUAGAAGUACGGAAAGAUCUUAUGGUUAUGAUGAGAGCUGUAUUUCCCAUUGAUGAAGACAAUGAAGACAAGAUAGUGCAGAUAGAAUGUGAAGAUAAGUUCCCUAGAACUCAACUUCUGUUAUCUGCUUGGCAAUUGAUUGAGGAAAAUUACCCAGUCCCUUUGAAAGGCAAGUUGAAAAAUAUAUACUCUGAUUAUGUUUUCUCUAAAGAAGAGUAUAAAGCCGUCACAGCUGAUUCUCCUAUGUUUGGGCUGGAUUGUGAAAUGUGCAUUACAAAUGUUGGAUCAGAACUGACUCGUGUCUCAGUUGUAGACGAGAAAUACAAAUUGGUGUAUGAGUCACUGGUUAAACCCUAUAAUAACAUUACAGAUUAUUUAACUAGAUAUUCUGGUAUUUCAGAAUCUUCUUUAAAAAAUAUUACCAAAAGAUUAGAAGAUGUCCAAAAAGAGUUACGUGAAGUAUUACCACCUGACGCUAUAUUGGUCGGUCAAUCACUUAACUCUGACUUACAUGCUUUAAAAAUGUUUCAUCCUUAUGUAAUUGAUACUAGUUUAAUAUAUAAUUUUACUGGUGAAAGAACGCGGAAAUCCAAAUUAAAGAUAUUAGCUAAGGAAUUUUUGAAUAUGGAUAUACAAACAAAUAAGAAUGGCCAUUGUUCAAUAGAGGAUUCAAUAGCAGCUCUUAAAUUAGUUCAAUUGAAAUUAAGCAAAUUUAUUGAAUUUGGAGAUGCCGUACAUACUAAUAGACAGAACUAUAAAGAAAAUGUAGUAAGAAUGUCUACAAAAUCUGAUUAUGCAUUGUCAAUUUUUAAUCAUAUUAUUGAGCAGAAAAAGACAUCCCUGGUAGUGGGCUGUGAUGAUAUCACGGGGGACUAUCAUACAUACUUAACACAAGCAAAAGACAGUAUGAGUACACAGUUAAAAAAGGGUAAACCUAAAAAAGUAAAACUUAGUACGGUUGAUACAGUAGAUGAUGUUAUCACUACUGUUACUGAAGCUGCUAACGAUUACAAUUUAAUUAUGGCUCAUUUGAAACAAAAUUCAACUCUAGAGUCUUGUCAUGCGACAAAUAUUGAUGAAUGGGUGAAAAAUAUUUGGAGCAGUCUGAAGGAAUCUGCUCUAUUUGUUGUUAUUUUUAGUGGUAAUACUGCUGAAAAUGGAGUUGCUAUGAUAAGAGUGAAAACUAAAUAA